AUGCACAAUAUGGCUUCAUCGGCGAGAAAAUAUCAAUACGAAAAAUAUCUCUCCGCCCUUAAUAACCAUAGACUUGAAGAAAUAUUGGAAUUUCACGAUAAAGAUUGUCAAAUCGUCUUCGAUUAUGAUACAGUAGCCGUAGGGAUCGAUGAGAUACAAUCGAUGUUUGUUGAUACAAUAUCCGACGCCGAAUAUUCCUAUGAACUUGUUGAAUAUUUACCAGUACACGGUGACGAUCAAAUUCGGGUUCAUUUGAAACGAACCGACAAUUCGCAUAUGGCUUUCACUUAUUUAUUUUCCAAAACAAGUCCUCAAAAAUGCAUUUUAGUUUUCGCCACUUUCCUUAAUAUCUAA